AUGGUGUCGCUGGAUGGUGAGAGUUCAUCUGUUGCUGCUUUGAACUUGGAACCUAGCGUAUUAUCGUCCAUGAUGCGCCAAGAUGGGGUAGGAAUGGAUUUAGCUGUUGCAAAUCAGUCGAGUAGUGUUUGGGUAUUGUAUAAAUCUGCGUUUACUUGUCAUACGAUAGGGGAAUCCAAUCAGCACAUCACGUUUGGCAUUGGUUCCCAAUUAUUGCCUGAGGAGAUAUGCUUUUCAUUUGUUCAUGCGAAGUGCACUGCUCAAGAGAGGGAAUGCCUAUGGGUAGAGCUGUUGCGCGAGAAGCCGGCGGUUAAGCCCUGGUUUCUGGUGGGGGAUUUUAAUGUUAUUUUGAAUGCAGAGGAAAAACGGGACAGCUUACCUUUCAGGCAGGCCGAUAGGGUGGAGUUAGCACAAUUUAUGUCAUUGGCAGAGGUUGGGGAUGCUGGCUUCUCGGGGUCCAGGUAUAUUUGUUGUAAUAAUAGGCAAGGUUUGGCUAGGGUUUGGAAGCGCUUAGACAGAUUUUUGCUCAACUCCGCAGCAAUGAGGAUGGAAAAUGCUUUCAUAGUGCAACAUUUGGGGAGAGAUCCGUCUGAUCAUGCCCCCCUGCUGUUGUCUGCGGUGACAAGGUUGGAUGGUAAGCCAAUGCCGUUCCGCUUCUUGAAUGUGUGGACAACAAAACCUGAUUUCCUGGAUGUGAUUAAAGAGUGUUGGUCUUUUUCCUUCCCUGGGUCGUCUCUCAAGAUUUUAGCGGAGAAGCUACGUAGGGCGAAGCAAGCGCUUCGACAAUGGUCUAGAAGCUCUUUUGGUGACAUAUUCUUGGCGAUUCGGACAGCGGAGCAAAAGAUGGUAGAGGCGGAAAUAGCCCAUGAUGACCAUCCAUCAGACGGGUUGUUGAUGAAUCUACAUGAGACGCGUGCUCGACUGCGCAAUGCUUUAAUGGUUGAGGGAGAGUUCUGGAGGCAGAAAGCUCGGGUUAAAUGGCUUAUGGAUGGCAACAGGAAUACGGCGUUUUUUCAUGCAGGGUUGUUUACAAAAGAGGUGGGAAGAACUGCCAGUGACAUGUUAGAGGUCAUUCCUAGGGUUAUCACUGAACACGAUAACAAUUUGCUGAUGGAGGUCCCAUCAAUACACGAAGUGAGGGGGGUCAUCUUCUCAAUGGAUGGGGAUAGUGCCGCGGGUCUGGAUGGCUUCACGGGGAAGCUUUUCACGGUUGCGUGGGAGGUGGUCGCUGUGGAUGUUCAUAGGGCUAUAGCGAGCUUCUUUUGUGGCGCAAUGUUGCCAAGAAGCGUCACCGCUACUGCAAUUGUGUUGCUUCCCAAGGUUCAAUGCCCACAGGAUUUUACACAAUUUCGACCGAUAAGUUUAUGCAACUUUGUCAACAAGGCCAUCUUCAAAAUCUUAUCCACCCUUUUGGCUAGGGUUUUUCCUCGGAUUAUCUCACUGCAGCAGAGUGGUUUCGUGCCAGGGAGACAGAUGGCGGAUAAUUUUCUAUUAGCUCAAGAGUUGUUGAGCGAUAUUAAGAAACCCAACCGGGGAGGGAAUCUAAUGCUCAAACUGGACAUGAUGAAGGCCUACGAUAGGGUAUCGUGGUUGUUUUUUACACAAGUUCUGUGGCAUUUUGGUUUUAGUGAGACUUGGAUUGAUAUGGUGUGGAGGUUGAUUUCCAAUGUUUGGUUUUCCGUCAUUAUGAAUGGCUUGCCGCAUGGGCUCUUUAAGUCUGCCCGAGGAUUGCGCCAGGGAGAUCCAAUUUCGCCGACCUUGUUUGUCAUUGGGGCAGAGGUACUUUCUCGCUCUCUGAAUGCUUUGGCGGAGCAUCGGAGCUACCGACCCUUUAAAGUCCCGAGUGGAUGCCCUGUGGUCACGCACUUGGCUUAUGCAGACGACGUGAUCAUUUUCACUAACGGCCUUAAGGCUUCUGUGCAGUUGGUCAAGAGGGUAGUCGAUGGAUACUAUUCACUGUCGGGGCAGCAGGUUAACUGUCAGAAGAGUUAUUUUUUGGUGCACCCCAGGUUGCCUCCGCAACACCGAGCAAUGAUCAGAAUGGUUACGGGCUUCUCGUACAAGUCUUUUCCAAUCAAAUACCUCGGCUGUCCUUUAUAUAUUGGAAGGAGAAGAUUGACUUACUUUGCAGAUAUCUGCAGUGCUGCCCAAUGGAAUGUGCAGCUGCUUAAUCGGGUCUUAGAGCCGGAGCUAGUGAGGCAGGUGGUGAAGGUCCCUCGUCCUUCCUCUCGAGGAACGGAUAGGAUGGUCUGGGCUUUAACGGCGGAUGGCAUCCAAUUGCUCAUGGGUCGCUUCUCAGGUUUGGCUGAAGGGAUGUCCACUCAAGAUUUCCUUCUUCAUGCUCCAGUUGUUGCGGUCGCAUCUUCCGCUUAUGGAUAUGCUACGAAGAUUUGGGGUUCAGGGACCGUCUAA